GGUGGUGGUGACCGAAUCGAAUCGGCCGAGGGGCAUCCUCCGGUAAAAAUCACGCGAAGCCAAUCCUCUGAUUCCCUCCCUCUCCCCCUCGUCCCAUCCAGAUCUGUCCUCACUGUCCAUCAUCCCCUCCCCAUCUCCGCCAAGGUCCUCGCCGGCGUCCCCGGUGCCACGGCAGUCGCUCCAAACCGAGAAUCUCCAUUCUACAGCAAGGCCAUGGCAGAAACCAUAGAUUUAACAGGGGAUGGAGGCGUCCUUAAGACGGUGGUUAGAAAAGCAAAGGAUGAUGCUAUAAGCCCAUCUGACAGCCUUCCAUUAGUUGAUGUUCAUUAUGAAGGGACACUUGCUGAAAAUGGGGAAGUUUUUGACACCACACAUGAAGACAAUUCUAUUUUUUCAUUUGAAGUUGGCCAGGGAGCUGUCAUUAAAGCAUGGGAUCUAGCCUUAAGAACUAUGAAAGUUGGUGAGGUUGCAAAAAUAACAUGCAAGCCAGAAUAUGCCUAUGGAAGUGCAGGCUCCCCACCAGAGAUACCAGCGAAUGCGACACUCAUUUUUGAGGUGGAAUUAGUGGCGUGCAAGCCAAGGAAAGGUUCAAGUCUGGGCAGUGUAUCUGAUGAGAAAGCCAGGCUAGAGGAGCUUAAGAAACAGCGGGAGCUAGCUGCCGCUACCAAAGAGGAAGAGAAGAAGAAGAGGGAGGAGGCAAAGGCUGCAGCGGCGGCCCGUGUGCAAGCCAAACUUGACGCGAAGAAGGGCAAGGGAAAAGGAAAGGGCAAAUAAGUUACAUUUGCUGCUGGGUGCGGACUGUUGUAACCUAGUAGAAAAGCAUCAGACCACAAGAUUGCUUAUUGGCUACAGUGCUUUCGGUACUCUACAUGGCGUGUGCAGCCAGCACUAUAGCCGUAGUGAGAACACUAAAUAAUUACGGCAAUCUUUGGUUUUUGCACAAGAUGUGGAAUGUUUCCCUUUUCUGACCAAGUGGUCUUUACUGGGCAGCAAUGACAUUUUCUUGUCUGAUAGUGUAA